AUGUUGACGAUCGAGCAGUUUCCCUCGCCAAACUGCUCAAACUGCAACUGCUCGAUCGUCAAAAUCUCGGACAUGUAUGUGCAUGCGUUCGAACUGAUACGUAGGUCCCCGCUCUGGCAUCCUAAAUACGUCUUCAACCAAACAGAGCCAAGCGAAACCAACCGAACCCCAACAAGGCACGUCCAACGAACAGCCUUGCCGACCAUCAAAGUAAACCAGGAGAUCCGCGAUUCUGAACCGGGUGCGUUACCGAACAGACCGUUGGUUGAAACCGUGGUGCCACAGCGGCCACAACAGGCCAAAACGGAUACGACGGACGGUGAAAGCUGCCCAACGGCCACCCUGACGACUUCCCCGUCGAGUCCGCCACCAGCAUCUUCCUCAUCGGAUUCUUCCUCGUCUUCCUCGUCCUCCUCCGCUGCCUCUUCGGUUCCAUCCGCUUCUACAUCGUCGUCGUCCUCUACACAAUCGCCUUCGUCGUCGUCGUCGUCGUGCCCGGUAGCAGCAGUGUCCACCGCGUUUGCCUUGUCACCGGAGCGAUCAUCGUCUCCCGGUGCGCCAGCUGCACCUUGCUGCAAGUCAACAGCGGCAUCGGUGCAUCCACCGUCAACAUUGACAUCAACGUCGUCAACGGCCACCGUGCAGCCCGCUGCCGUGUCACUUGCCUCGGCAUCCGGAACGGGUGCGGUACAGCAUCCGAGUGCAGAACGUGCAGUGGUCGAUGUAGCGGACUGCGACACCGUGCAGUAUCAGCCCCCUUCUUGGCCUGCUGCGACGGUAGCUACGAUUAGCGCUCCUCAACACGCAACCACAACACCAAUCAACGAACCGAAAGGCCAAAGGCCAUUUUUAGCUGUCGACUGUGGCGACAACGACGACGACGACGACGACGACGACGACGGCGGCGGCGGAGGUGAAGGAAGUGACGACUGCCGGGCAGAUAACUCCCCGUCGCUAGUUGCUGGUAGUAGUGGUGGCAGCAUCGUAGGUGGUAACACUACGCCUUGCAACACUAUCGCUGCAGAUCGCGAUACUACGGCCGAUGAGCGAACCGCCAACAACCUGGUCGAUCAGGCACCACCGUUAGCCUUCACCUCGGAACAGUCACCCGUUAGUUCCUCCAGCAGCCAUCCGGACCAAGGCGGUCCGGUGUCAGACGCAGAACUGAAGGGGCACGCGGUCAACGUUGGUCCCGGUGACGGGGCGACCGUUGCGGGAGCAGCAGCAGCCGCAUCAGCAGCAUCGAGUGGUAGUGGUGGAGGUGGCGGUACUGAGAGCGCCACCGAGGGCGGUACCAGCAGUGGUGAAGUCGUGCAACCCAUUGACGAGGGAACCGAAGGUGCCUGCGCCGGUACCGCACAGCUGGUAGAGGUCGGCACCGAGGUCAACUCAGAACAGCAGGAGCAACAGCAACCGAACACACAGUCAGUAUCACCGACUAACGCCACAACCAUCAGUAACACCACCGGCACGACCACGAUCCCCGCAUCCACCCCCACCAUCACCACCACCAACACCACCACCACCACCACAACCACCACCACCACCACAACAACUACGACCGAACGGCUGCAAACGGAAGAACCCGAAGCCGCCGCCAUGCCCGUCCGCGUCGACAUUGUGCCCCCGCCGCCAAACAACUCCAAGCAGCUUGGUGUUACCAAGUCGCUGCUCUACAAUGGCUCCAAGUUCCGUGGCUACCAGAAGUCCAAGGGCAACGCUUAUGAGGUGGAAGUGGUGCUGCAGCACGUCGACGAAGCUAACUCAUACCUGUGCGGGUACCUGAAGAUUACCGGACUAACGUUCGAGUUUCCCACGCUGACGACUUUCUUCGACGGGGAAAUCAUCUCGCGCAAGUAUCCCUUCCUCACGCGCAAAUGGGACGCCGACGAGGACGUAGAUAGGAAGCAUUUUGGUAAAUUUGCCGCGUUCAGCGAGUACCAGAAAACAUUCAACUCGGACGACUUCGAUUACGACGCGCUGGAGCGGAGCGAUUUUGUAUUCAUGCGCUGGAAGGAACACUUUCUGGUACCUGACCAUAAGAUAAAGGACAUCAACGGGGCCUCGUUUGCCGGCUUCUACUACAUCUGCUUCCAGAAGUCUCGCGCCGUCAUGGAGGGCUACUACUACCAUCGCUCCUCGGAAUGGUACCAGUCUCUCACGCUGCAGCACGUACCGGAGUCCUGCAUUCAAAUCUACGAGUUCCGAUAAGCGCACGAGCGUGCCAUUGUCCGUGCACCCUCGUACAACCGAUCAACCCGCGAUCACGGACGCCAACAUCAAAGCUGCUGGGGCAGCACACGAAUCGGACGCGGCACCAUGUACCGGUUGCCAUGAGGAUGCCAGCACACCCCAAGCACGGACAGCAGCAGCAAGCGGCAGACAAACGUAGCCACGUGACAGGAUCUUCGGUCUUCUUUCUUCUUUCAAUCAAUUUCAACCUCAUUUAAACCAAUCAACCGUUUCGUGGCACGACGACGAAUAAGUUAUCCGCGUCGUGUCGUGCUUAACUUUAAUGUUCCUCUACUUCUCUGUUUUUUUUUUUGCAGUUUUUUUUUCUUCAACUCAUUCGCUCUUUUUGUAUUAUUAUCAGGACCGUGUUUGGUUUGUAGAACGUAUUCGCAAACGAAUUGUGUUAUGAGAUUAGGCUCGUUCACGCCACAAGCAGGAGCUGCAUGUCCGCAAUGCCCUUGCGCGAUAAAGGCAUUUUACUUAAGCGCGGGUACGAAUAACACGGCCGGAGCCGUCAUGCAGUGGCGUUUGAUAAUGGUUCGAUGAAAUUAUAUACACAAAAAAAAACGACGGACAGCAGAAGACUGCAAAGCGCCUUCACCUGCAAGUGCGUUAGAUUGGAAACGGAAACAAGCGAGCGAAGAUUACCAUAGUGUAAGAGGUCGCAGUGGGUUACGUAAGAGCGGUUGGUCCAUGGUUUGAGAGGAGCUAUGUAGGCAAGUGUGAGCAUAGCAUGGAAUCAUAGACCAUGUAGAAAGUAAAUAAGAACAAACAAAAACAAAACCCAUGAUAAAAGUGAAACGCAACGGGCCGAUGUUACAUAGAGCGUGGUCUGCAGCAUAUUGUUAGAUUUGGGGCUACGCAAAUCGAUACCUCCUUCGGGCCCUUUUCUCAGGAGUCACCAGCAGAUGAUCGAUAGACGGUGGAAUUUUCGUUGACUCAAACACCCGAUAUAGGAUGUUAGCGGUAGGUGAUGCAGAUAGGGAAACAGAGUGAGAAAUGGGGAGAGGAGAAGAUUAAUUUAUUAGCAGCUCGUGUCAACCGGUUUGCGUCGGCACGCAUCCUAAAAGCGGUACCGGUUCUCCGAACUUUAUGAGAAAGGCGCGGAAUGGAUGGUCUAAAUGAGAGCCCACGGUGGCGCUGGGGUCGUGAAAGGACGUUGAGUGACGGUGUUUGUUAUUUAUUUUGUCGUGAUUUCUCUCCAUGCUGAUGAAUCAGAAGAAGAAGAGGAGGAGGAGAAGGAAAAGUAGGUGGCACGUUAAUCAACGAUGGGGACUGAUAAGCCGCAGCGUACCCAGACUAAUUACAGUAAUCAAACGUUACCUGUGAGCGAAUUGCCAAUGGUGGAUCCAUGUUGGUAUUUCGAUUUAGUGGGAGGAUGCACACAAAAUGACGGUGGCAAUAAAUUAGGCCAGUGUUAACGCAGAAAUGUUUGACACAUAGAAUCUGAGCCCUUGCAAUGACGAAUCCGUUUGGACUGAUUGCCCGAAGUGCACCUCUGCAGCUUAUGAGAAAGCGUUAUGUGUGUAAAACCGUCCGUUUUGUUGUCGCAUUUGAUAGGGGUUUCGCACAAACACCAGUAAGCCAACACUUCCGCCAUCCGAUUCUAUAACCCGUCCUCGCUUACCAACCUCGUUGUUCAAGAUCGAGCGUUGAUCAUGAUAGGGCUUGGGUUUUUGUUUGUGUGUGUCUAUUUGUUUUCAAAACUUUUCGUUUUCCGCUCUCUAGACCUUGCCAAGCGAUUAAUUAAGGGCGAGGUUUUGAUGAAUGAUGGCACGAACUGGGCGCACUGUAUUGAUUUCCAAGACGAGAACUAGCUGGGGCGAGAUGAGUGGCGUCUUGUUUUUUUAUGUUGGCUUCGCAGCGACUCUGCCGCUUAUCUAAUCAUCGUACAAGCGCACUACUCAUCGUGCAGCAUCCAUGCGAAUAGGAUGGUUCUCGGUCUCCCGCCCCCCUCCCUCUCCCAUGCUCCGCAUGUAGUUUGCGAAUAUCAGACAACGAAGCUCAAGUGACCGUGUGAUUGUGGUGCGUUAGGCUGUUGCUUUCGUUGGGGUAUUUUAGGACGAAAAGAUAUCCCAAGAAGUGUAGAAAAAAGGACGUGUUUGGAGGAGCAAGCAGUCCGCUAUCCAGACAGUAAGCCAGGAAAGAAAGCAAAAGAGAAUAAUCACACACAAACAAAUCAGACUCACACACAAACACACAUUUCUAUAUAUACACAUCAUAUAUGGAAGUACUACACAUAACGACCUGCUAAUAAGUAUGUUCGCGGUGUAAGUGACGCUGCUAUUAUAGUUGUACAGUGCUAAUCGAGGUAUAAUAAACGAACAAGAAAGGACAUAACUGGCCUGAAGUUAUCACUUGCUUAACUUCUCCUUACUUACCCACGAAUCCGCCCUUAUGGUGCUGCUCCUUUAGACUU